CGACACUGUAAAAUUGACAUUUGACAGUUUUGACAGUAUUGACGUUUGACUUUAACGAAUUGAGUUUGUGAGUGAUGUUGAAGAGAUGUAAAUAUUUUUAUAUAAAACAUCAUUUACAUGUUAUUUAUUUUAAUAAGGUGAAAUAUACUUUUAAUGUUUGAAAAUGCCUGCUCCAAUUCGACCUAAGGGGUCAAACAGUGGCAGCAGAACUCCAUCAGUAGCUCCGAUGUCCGAGCGGCAGCAAAUGGCGUUACUAAUGCAGAUGACUUCAGGAAACGAGGCAGGCUCCAGAAGCCCUAGUUCUAGCUCUUCACGAUCGAGAGAGCGCAACGAAAGAGGUGAAACUCCAUUGCAUUUAGCUGCUAUUAAAGGGGAUGUUGAACAAGUGUGUAAAUUGCUGGCACACCGUGCCGACCCUAACGUAGCUGAUUUUGCUGGCUGGACUCCUCUGCACGAAGCCUGCAACCACGGUUGGUAUGAAGUGGCCUUUCGUCUAGUCCAAUCUGGAGCCAAUGUUAAUGCUCGAGGAUUGGAUAAUGAUACGCCCUUGCACGAUGCUGCUGUCAAUGGUCAUCUGAAGCUUGUAAAAUUAUUAGUAGAAAGAGGAGCUGAUAUAUACGCGAAAAAUUCCAAAGGCAAAACCCCUUUAGACGUGGCGCCCACCUCUGUCAAACCUUAUUUACUCAACUCAAAUUUGCCUUUACCAGAUUCUACUUCAAGCUCUAGACAAGUAUCGCGCACUUCGAGGGAUGACAAAAAAAUCACCAGCUCCGGCACUGGCGAUUCAUCCACAUCAUCGAGUUCGGGUGGUGGCGGCAACAGUGCGGGCGCUGGAAGCAGUGCCUCCGCUGGCACAUCGUCUGGAAAACUCAAUAAAGACGAUUCGAUGGACCUGAAGGGUUCCUCUGGUUCAGCGACGUCCUCGGGGCCGACGUCGGGAACCACUGGAGGCCCCGUAAAUUCUGCCACUUCCGUAGACGAUGUCUACGAGUUCAAAUCGUGUAAAGAGGGCGAUUCUUCGUCAGACGAACGAAAACCAAACGCAGCAUCCGAUUCUAACGAAAUGGACAUAGACGAGGGAGAUCCCCUGAGAAUUACUCCUGUUGCGUCGCAGGCCUCGGAAGAAACUUCUACGACUACCAAAAGGGGAUUUUCUGAAACCAAUGAAGGUCAAGAAGAUUCCACUAGCAGCGCCGGUACUGCUGAUGAAGAAACGCGAAGGAAGAAACGCAAAGAAGAAAAUGUCAAAGAAGGGAAAGGAGCUACUCAGAGAAAUACAGGUCAAAGUAAAGGACAGACCAGUAAGCAAGCGGGUGGUAAUCAAAAUAAAGCCAAUGCUUCCAACUCUUCCAAAAACAGUGGGGAUAGAAAAAGUCCUUGUGCAAGUCCAAAACUUUCCGGCUCAGAUCAUGAAGUGGAAGAUGGUAAAACUGAUCUCAAAGUUCCUCCUCUAAAAAUUGUUAUUCCCCAAACUAACAGUAACGAACAAGAAACUGGCGUGGGUCGAAAUGGAAAAAGCAGUUCACAAAGAUCUCAUCAAGCUCUCCCAUAUGUUGUUCCCAGUUCGACCAAUACAGAAACUACUGAAAAAGAUGGAAAUGCUAAUAUUACCAGCCCUGAAAAUACUACAACUUCUAGUAAAAGUGAUGAGAAAAAGGAAAAUACUAGUGGAACUUCCGAUGAGGUUCAGUCAAAUGUUGAAACUGAUUCAAUACCUUCGUCAUCAACAUCGGUCUCGGCUGCAUUGCCUCCACCACCACCUCCCGUAGAAUUGCAUCCUCGCAAACGAAAAAUGAAGCAGAAUAAAGAACAUCAACCUCCACAACACUGUGAGACCUCAGAAUCUUCCGAAGCUCAAGUACAUCCUCAUGAGCAGCCUAUAACAAAUUGUUAUCAGCUAUUUUUAAAUAUCAGAAAACAAAUUGCAAAAAGACGGAGAGGAUUAUUUCCAGUUCAGCCGAAGCCACCUCAGGGCUUUAAAGACUACUUAAUGAAUAGAUGUACUUAUGUGUUAGCGGGUACUGCUCCUACCAGUCCCAACGUAAACCACCCACAAUCGUUGCCACAAAUAAUGAAGGAUCUUUUCACAGAACAAGAAAAGGAGAGGUACAGAUUGAGAACACAGCAUGUGAUUGAAAAAGAAAAACUGGUACUGUCUGUGGAACAAGAAAUUUUGAGGGUACAUGGCAGGGCUGCAAGGGCUUUAGCCAACCAAUCUCUACCGUUUUCUGUCUGCACCAUUUUAAGAGACGAAGAAGUAUACAAUCUCAUUACACCCGAACAAGAAGAAAAGGAUAGAAAUGCCAGGUCACGAUAUAACGGUCGUCUGUUUUUGAGUUGGUUACAAGAUGUAGAUGAUAAAUGGGAAAAAAUUAAAGAGCACAUGCUCUUGAGGCACCACAAUGAAGCAGAGUCUCUUCACGCUGUGCAAAAAAUGGACUGGGAGUGGAAACUGAAAGAAUUAAAUCUGUGUGAUAGAAAAUCUACUCCAAAAAUAGAUGAAACUCACGUGCCCAUGGUCCACGUGUCUGACGAUUUUGAUCUUUUACCCGCAUAAUACUUUAUAAUUAUUAAUAUAUAUGUUUGUGUAUUUUUGUAUAUAAUUUAUUAAAAGAGUUAUAUAAGUGCA